AUGCCGGGCCUACAUCGCGCCCUGGGACCGCGCCGUGGCACAGCAGGUGAGCCGCCGCUGGACGGGCCCUGGUAUGCCGUGGCCUACAUCGCGCCCUGGGACCGCGCCGUGGCACAGCGGGUGAGCCGUCACUGCAGCGAGCCCUGGUGCGCCGUGGCCUACAUCGCGCCCUGGGACCGCGCCGUGGCACAGCGGGUGAGCCGUCACUGCAGCGAGCCCUGGUGCGCCGUGGCCUACAUCGCGCCCUGGGACCGCGCCGUGGCACAGCAGGGCAUCACUCACAGGUGUUUGUACAGUCUGGGCUCGAUCGGGUACUGGCACCAGGAGCGUCCCCAGCUGCUGGAGACCAACCGACCUCUCACCAUACGCACCAUCGCGCGGACAUCCUACUUCAAAUUCCACGUGCCGUCGGACACGGAGUCGGUGUCGGUGCGGGUGUCAGGCUGCCGCGUGGUGGAGCCCGGCGCGCCGCCCGAGGAUGACGUGCACCCCUGCAUCAGCUGGCUGGCGCUGCGGCCGCGCGCCCUUCCAACCAGCGCGCCAUCACAGGACGCCGCCUCGCCAGAGGACGCGCCCGUGGGCCAGCUGAACAUCAGCGGGGUCCGCGAGGGCCGCACGUACCGGCUGGAGCCGGACCAGCUGUGGCUCGACGCCUACUACCACCUGGCCGUGGUGGCCGAGAGCAACGCCGUCGUCAACCUCACCGUCACCCUGACACACUGCGAGUUCGUCGCCUCCGAGGGCCGGCCGCCGACUGCUGACGUCACGGCUGACGUCAGCGGUGGACGGCAGACGAACGGCUCCGUAGCGCGGCCGACGUCACCGCGCUGCUGGCCGCUUACGGAGCUGACACGCAUCAAGUACGCGCAGGACUUCACCGACACCUUCCUGGCUGUGAACGCGGCCUUCUACUACACGUGGGUGCACCUGACCGACCGCCGGCCGCACUCGGUGCGGUUCGAGACGCGAGAGUUUGUCGACGUGGGUGGCACCCUGUAUGUGGACCUGCAGCUCAACAAGCUGCUGACGAACGACUCUGCCCAGGUGGUGACAGUGGAGUGCUGCCUCUCGGCGCACGUGCUGCCCGUCUCGGCGGCCGGCCGGCUCCGCUGCGAGCCGCCACUGGCCUUCCGACUCAGCUCGGCAUCCGAGGCCGAGACGCGCGCCAUCCGCCUGCUGCCCUUCCCAGAGCCGGCCGUCUGGUACAUCAGCAUGGUCACCCGCUGCAGCUCGCGACGGUCGGGCGCCACGCUUCCCUGCGUCCGCUCCAAGUACCUAGUGAACCUGGACGUGCACACGCAGCCGUGUGUGUGGCCGGACGCGCCCUGCGGCCGGCACGGCACCUGCCGCGAGACCCACCGCGGCCAGCACUACUUCACAUCCUGCAGCUGCCGGGACGGUUACCGUGGCUGGGACUGCAGUGACGCCUCGCACGCUGUGCCCGCCUCCCGCCGCCUGCUGGCCGUCUGCCUGCUGACGCUCAGCAACCUGUGCCUGCUGCCUGCCGUCGGCCUCGCCUGUCGCCGCCGCCUCUUCACACUGGCGCUGGUCUGCGCGGCCGCCAUGAUCUUCUCCAUGUUGUACCACGUGUGCGACCAGCUGGGCGAGCAGGUCCCCGGCUCUCAGUACUGCCUGCUCCCGUUCGAGGCGUUGCAGUUCUGCGACUUCUUCUCAUCGAUCCUGAGCUGCUGGGUGACGCUCAUCAGUCUGGGCGGCCGGGCCGAGGCUGGGCCAAACGGCGCGCUGUGGGUCAGCCAGCGGCGCGCGGUGAUCGACGCUGGGAUGGGGGUGUACUCCCUGCGCUGUGACCUUACCUGA